GCGAUCCUCUCAGCUAUGGAGUUCUUCGAGUUCCUGCCUGGCGAGGCAGUGGUGGAGCAGGGAACUACAGGGAACACCUUCUUCAUCGCUCAGACUGGCUCGCUGCAGGUGAGCGUCAAUGGCAACGUUUGCAACACCGUCUCCGAAGGCCAAGCCUUCGGGAGUCUGGCACUGUUGUACAACUGCCCGCGGACGGCCACUGUCAAGGCCCUGACGAGAUGCGGUGUGUGGGGCGCAAACGGUGCCGCUGUCCACGCCGCCCUGAGGGAGAAUGCCCACACGCACCAGCAAGACUACCGGCAGUUUCUGGAUUCCAUCCGGCUCUUCGACGGGCUGACUGACAGCCAGAAGGAGAAAGCUGCCGAGUCGGCCUUCAAAGAAGUCUUCGAGACGGGCGCAAGACUGGUCACCGCCGGUGAAGACUUUGCUGCAAUCUACUUCGUCAAGAAGGGUCAACUUCGCGUGAUGCGAGGCGGCAAAGUCAUGGCCGACGGCACUUUCGUGGAUGGCCAGGUUCUUGCAACGCUGGGGCCUGGUACCUCCCUGGGGGAAGCACUGCUCUCUGGUGUCAACGCCCGAUGGGAAAAUACGGUGGUUGCCUCCAGCAGCUCUGAGGUCUUGUGCAUUUCGGUGCCUGAGCUCAAGAGUCUCCUUGGAGAAGAUCUGGGCCGUGUUUUGGAGAACGGCCUGGUCUUGAAGGCGAUGCAGGAAAGUGCAGUGCUCUCCCAAUUCUCUUCUGGCCAGCGCAGCGAGAUCUCAAAGUGGAUCACGGUGCGGACCUAUGCGGUGGGUGCCAAGGUUGAAGACCAUGCGGGCUUCCUGGUGGUCGUGAAAGGCCAAAUCAAAGGCAAGUGGCAAGGCGAGUCGAAGACACUGGAGCAAGGAGACUGGCUAGAGGAUGGCGGCCUCCUCGAACGCUCCGAACUAAGAAGCGACCUCCAGGACAUGAUGGCUGGCCCGGAGGGCGCCCGAGUCGCCUCACUCAGCAAGGGGGGCCUCUCCACGGCCUUGGAGAAGUUGGGGCUAGCGGCCGUCGCGUCCGGUGAGGAGGUGUCGGACCUGGCGAAGAAGAUGCUGAUGGUGAGGAAGGUCCGCAUUUUUCAGCACCUCUCCCGGGAGCAGGUUAGUAAGCUGGUCCGAUCUUUCGUGCUCCAGCACCACCGCAAAGGAGCACAGGUGAUCAAGCAAGGCGAGGUCGGCUCGUCCUUCUUCGUGAUCGUCAGCGGGGAGGUGAAUGUCACGAUUGAUGGCAA